AUGAAUAGCUGGAUGGGACCAAACCAUGCAGGCGACCAGCAGCAGUAUUCGAGUUGGUCGUCUAUGCCUGUGAAUAACCACCCGUCGCCGGGUCGUCGAGAACAUGCGGUGCAGCCUCCAUUAUUGACGACGGCCUUGGGUGCUCCUCAGUUUCACCAUGCAUCCACUCCUCUGUCGUCCACUUCGCUAUCAAGUCCUUUUACGCAGGCUCAUUCUCCAUAUGUCGCUUCUCCUGCGCACGCGAGAUCAACACCAUCGUCCUCGAUGGCAUCCAGGCAGCAGACGGCCUUUAAUGUUCCAUACAACCCUCAGGAAUGGGGACCCGUUGGCGGAGCCUCUGCACAGGCUGCAUAUUCCCAGGCAAACAGUGUGCAUCGAGUUUCACCUCAGCAAAGAACUCAACCAGACGUGCCCGUGUCGCCGCCGCCGCCUCCACCCUACUCGCCUCCAAGUAACAGGAACCAAAUGCCACAGGAGUUCACUUCGCCAAACCCUAACAUUUCGGUAACACCGACGGUCACGCCGCCCCAACAUCCUUCCCCCGAAAGUAAUAUCGAUAUGAAUGUUGAGUACCAACGACGCUCAGUGCCUCGUCCUCGUCCAGUCUCUAUGAUAUAUUCAAAUGACCCGGGGCUACGAUUGUCAUUACCCCCUCCGCCUCCGCCGCAGGGGAAUCGGUCUGUCUCGCAAAGCCGAAUUGAACAUUACCAGGGUGCUCCUCACAUUUCUGCCCCAUUCCACUCCAGAGCACGAGUUUCGAUGUCAUAUGAACAAGCUCUUCCAUCGCCGGCUUUGAGAGGUAGUGUAAUGAGACAACCAGCCGAAGAAUUGGAGACGCCAUCAAGGCCACCUGCGUCCAGAAGAGCUGCCUCUGCAGGGGCUAUUGUGAGUAGCACAAGCUCUUCCAGAAACCGAUCUCCUUCAAAUAGUGGUUGGGAACCAGGUAUGCCACUUCCACCGCCUCCUCCAGGGCCUCCUCCGACGGCAAGAGCCGUCAGUGCGAGUGGUUCAUCCGAGGGUUCUUCCACGACGACAGUUCAAGGUCCAAGCAGAACUCGACCUAGGCCGCCGCCGAUUAUGGGAAGUGGACUUGGCAGCAUUCCACCAACACCAGCUGAUUGGAUUGACGAGGAGUACAUGAGACACCGACCAAGUAGGGAUCAUGAGCCUCUGCAUAUCGACACUACUAAGUCGAUCCCAACGCCUGAUCCAGUUGGCAAUCCAGACAUGGAUGAACUAGAUUAUCAGUCGCAGAAAACCCCUGGAAGUGGCGGCCUUUUCCGAAGUCCAGCCGUUCGGGAUCCAAGUGCUAAAGGCAUUCGUGAACGGCGAAUUGAGCGUCGAAACCGCCAAAGUCAAGUCUUCGAAGACAUGAGUGCAGUGUCUUCUAGUGGAAACCCCUGGGCUGAUGCUUUGGAGCAAAUAAAGCCCUCGAAUCUCGUCUUUCCGGAGCACAGGCAGAGCCCUGAUCCCACUCAGCACCCGACAUCGUCAAGGAAGACCCCUCAAAGCACCCGGAGUAUAGGCUCGGAGGGACACCGCACUGCUUCACGGUCUCGAGCAUCAUCUACUGGCCUUUUUACCGAGCAGUCACCGCACUUGACACCGAAGCCGGAACCUAGCCCUGCUGGACCAUCUGCUGCUUUUGCACAAACGCCUCCGUUCUCACCAGGAGCAUCCUCUUCGGCAUUCCAAAAAGAAACACCCCAGGUGGUGCCACCGAAAGCACUCCCCACCCCACCGCUAAACUCUGCAAAGGAGGCUCUAUCACGCUCUCGCGCCGCCUCCAGAGGACCAGAGGAACGUCCAAUUUCUCAUAUCCUGCAUUUGCCCAAUGAUGCCUUAUCUACGAUGAAGCCUCUAUCACCACGUCGGCUGCCAAUCAUACAUACUGGUCAACAGGCAUCAUUGGAAUCAGUCAUCAGGCAAGAGACCGACUUUGUUCAAGAUGCCGUUCAAAGGCACCAGAAGUUUAUUAAGCAGGAAGCAGCCGCUCUGAAUGAGGCCGAGGCAAUAAAGGUCUUCACUGAUUUCAUCAUCGCUGAGUCUCAGAUACGCCGUGAGCGAUACGCCGCUGUUUGGGAUUCGGGUUCUUUUGGAAUCGACGAAGUGCGCAACAAGCUUUUUCAAAUGCCGCCUCCUGAGGCCGACAUGGCGACAAAGCCAACCAAACAAAUGCCCACUUUAGAAAUACCUUCAAAUCGAACGAGUCGACCCGAGUCUGCGUGGUGGAAUAACUACCAACCAUGUCUAUCACCUAUUGCCAGUCUCAGCAUGAGCAACGACGAAAUGAGUUCGAGAGGCCGUGCGCCCAGUCGCUGGUGGGAGUCCAAGACAGGGUCCAGCAGUGAGGAAUAUGAUAGAAAGGUUCAUCGAUCUAAGAGAGAGUCGAAGUAUAUGGGUCUUCCCCGUGACUCCAUGCAGUGGGAUCAGGAACGAACUCCUUCAGAGCUCAAUGAUGCGGGUGCGAAUUACACCGACCAGAACAAAACUUACGGACCAGACGAGUAUCCUCCGGAGAAAUCUGGCUGGCACGAAGAGACCUUCCCUUAUCCAAAUUACGGUAAUGAAGACCGACGUGGGCAAAUCCUGACGCCUCAAAAGCUGGACAUCUCCCGACUCAUUACUUUGCCGCCGCCGUAUCCACGGCACUAUCCUGCUGUGAAUAACAGCCAUCCAGAGCUGAUAUCCUAUCGAACCACUGUCCGCUCAAUCACCGACCUUUCUGAAAUCAAGUCGACCAGACAGCGAUACAAGGAAGAUGUGGAGGCCAUGGCUCAGGAUCAUAAGAUCCAGGUCAAAGACGGCCGCCGCCAGUUCAAGUCUAACAUUCAUAGCCAGAUCCAAGAAGGUAGCCUCACAUUUGCAGAGGCAGCCGAGGCUGAAGCGGCGAUGAUUGUCGACGAGAACAAGCGAGAAAGGGCAUUGGUGAAACGUGAGCUUGAUACAUAUCAAGAGACCGUAUUGAAGCCGAUGGCGGCUAUUCUCAAUGACCGCAUUAAUCGGGCGUCAACCUGCAUCAAUGAGUUGAGUAGCAGGCUUUUCGAUGAUGCGCAACAUGAAACACCGGACCAAACACAAGAGGAGGGCGAUGAGAAGCCCGAGCUCUUGGAGAAGCUGACGCAGCUUAAGUGGUUGUUUGAAGCACGAGAACAGCUCCAUCGUGAGUCGUUCGAGUUGGUCACUGACCGCGAUGAUAAAUACAAAGUGGUCGCUCUACUGCCGUAUAGACAAAGCAAGAACGAGGAUAAGAUCCGGGAGACGCAAGCUUUCUUCUCCAAAGAUGCCCUUGACCGACGGGUACAAUACGAGACGCAGGCCUUCUCUCGACUAGAAUCUUUCAUGGACGUCAUUGAGCAGAACGUUGUGCGUGGUGUCGAGAAGCAACUCUCCGCCUUCUGGGACAUCGCACCGUCGCUACUAGCCCUUGUUCAGCAGGUACCGGACAGAUUACAUGGUCUCCAGGUGCAAAUCCCAGCCGAUGAAUACCAGGAGAAUCCUAGCUACCAUACACACCCACUGCAAUAUUUAUAUACGCUACUGUCGCAUGCCGAGAAGUCGAGCUACCAAUACAUCGAAUCGCAAAUCAACCUUCUUUGUCUACUGCAUGAAGUUCGGUCAGCGGUCAUGCGAGCCAAUCGCAACCUUGCAGAGGCAGAGAGGAUCUGGCAAGGAGAGUCUGAAGAAAAUGUCCGUCAGGAAAUGCGGGAAGCACGAGCGGAUGAAGAGGUUGCUCUUACCACCGACCUUAAGGACAAGGUCUCCACUGUGGAAGGCCAGUGGACCGAGGCACUUGGGAGUCAGAUUCAGGGACUCCGAGAGCGAGUGAAAGGACAGCUCGUUGCAGAGGAUGGUUGGGAAGACCUGGAGCAAUUGGAGCAGGAAUGA